AUGGCCGCAUCCACCAUGUCCAUCUGCUCCAGCACCUGCACCGACUCCUGGCAGGUGGACGACUGCCCAGAGAGCUGCUUCGAGCCCCCCUGCUGUGCCCCCAGCUGCUGCGCCCCAGCCCCCUGCCUGACCCUGGUCUGCACCCCAGUGAGCUGUGUGUCCAGCCCCUGCUGCCAGGCAACCUGUGAGCCCAGCCCCUGCCAAUCAGGCUGCACCAGCUCCUGCACGUCCUCGUGCUGCCAGCAGUCUAGCUGCCAGCCGGCUUGCUGCACCUCCUCCCUGUGCCAGCAAUUCUGCUGUGUGCCCGUCUGCUGCAAGCCUGUGUGCUGCAAGCCUGUCUGCUGUCGGGCCUACUGUGUGCCCGUCUGCUGCAAGCCGGUCUUCUGCAUGCCUGUCUGCUCUGGGGCUUCCUCUCCGUGCUGCCAGCAGUCUAGCUGCCAGCCAGCUUGCUGCACCUCCUCCUGCUGCAGACCCUCCUCCUCCGUGUCUCUCCUCUGCCGCCCCGUGUGCAGCUCCACCUGCUGCGUGCCCAUCCCCUCCUGCUGUGCCCCCGCCUCCUCCUGCCAGCCCAGCUGCUGCCGCCCAGCCUCCUGCGUGUCCCUCCUCUGCCGCCCUGUGUGCUCCCGCCCGGCCUGCUGCAGUCUCUCCUCAGGCCAGAAGUCCAGCUGCUGA